GUAGGCUAGGCUACAGUAACAAUAACCAAUGCAUCAUUUUUGCAUUUUAUUUUCAUGUAAUUAUAUUUGCUCAUUUUAUGUUGUUGCUUUUUUUAACAGUUACCUUUAUUGCGGUCGCAGCAGGAGCAGGGGGAGCGGUGGUCUUGGCUCCAGUUGCCCUAGGAGCUGUAGGGUUUACCGCCGCUGGCAUCGCCGCAAACUCCCUUGCAGCCGGCAUGAUGGCAUCGGCAGCCUCUGCAAGUGGUGGCGGUGUGUUGGCUGGAAGCAUCGUUGCCGUUCUGCAGUCGGCAGGUGCAGCAGGGUUAGCUGGGUCUACAACCGCAGUGGUGGCUGGUGUUGGAGGAACAGUGGGAUGGCUCACCGCUGCAGCAGCUGCACUCAUCUGAUGAUCCAAACAUUGAUGAUUGAUAGCUGUCUUGGGACAACUCUCUUGUCAAAGAGAUGUUUAAUCUCAGAGAUCACCUAUUUAAAUAGCGAAUACAUGUAAACACUUGAUAACACGGUGAAGGAAUGCUUUGUGUUAAAAAGGUUUAAUAUUGAAGUUCAUAUCUGCCAUAUUGUGUGCAAUGAAGGCAACUUAUGACUGACUUGUUCUGUUUGUACAUAUUGGUAAGAUGCACUUUAUUAUGUUCUUUCAAGCCCAGAGCUUUUAUAUACCUUACUUUUUACUUUUUCAUAUUUCAGUUGAAUACCUUCUUUAUCUCAAUAAAAGGUCAGGUGUUGCCAGAUAUAUUGUAAACAUUUGUCUGGUGUCUUUGUCUCCAUAUACAGUAUGUGUCAGCUAGGGAUGGAAAUCAGUUUAGUCUUUGAAACUUGAUGUUUCCCAAUUGAGCUGAGUAGGCUGCUGUCUUCAAAUCUGUACCUCACUGUUCUGUUGUACAGUGUCUAUGGCUGCAUUGGUUUGUGCUUUUAAGUUUUAAUGGCAGACUACACCAAUUGGCGUAUUGCCGCCACCUACUG